UCACUUUUUUUUUUCUCUCCCAGUCCUCCUCACAAGGCGCUCUUUAAGCCCCGGUGUUGCCACACAGAGCAGCCAUUCAUCGGCUCUACAGUCAGCCACACACACUCCUAUGUCGAACCACUGGACAUCUAAAUUGGUGUGACCGCUUUUGCCCGGACGGAAGAAUCGGACACUUUCACGCAGCAGAAUGGCUUUACCCGAGAAGAGUCAGCAAUAAGUGGCCCUGUCCAAGACCCCGGAACAUCCUCUACAAUUAAGACGAAUCAACCGCGCAGAAUAGUUUGGAACGUCGUUUUACAUAACGUUUAAUAUUAAUAUUAAUAAAUAAAUCAAUAAAAAAUGUCCGGCGAGGAGCACAGCCUGUCCGAGGCGGAACUGAGCCCCGGGGGGUCGGACGACGGUCACUCCCUGUCACCGACUCGCCCGGGAGCGCCGACCCGCCAGGGCUCACCUCUCAGCGGGCCGCCGCAGCAGCUGACCUCGCUCUGCGUCGCGGACGGCGGCGAGGAGGACGCAGGCGACGCGGUCAAGUCGGAGAUGGAAGACGACCGCUUCCCGAUCGGCAUCCGGGAGGCGGUCAGCCAGGUGCUGGACGGAUACGACUGGACACUCGUGCCGAUGCCGGUGCGCGUCAACAACGGAAACAAAGCCAAGCCCCACGUCAAGAGGCCCAUGAACGCCUUCAUGGUGUGGGCGCAGGCGGCGAGGAGGAAACUGGCCGACCAGUACCCCCACCUGCACAACGCGGAGCUCAGCAAGACCCUGGGCAAACUGUGGAGGCUGCUGAACGAGGGUGACAAGAGACCAUUCAUCGAGGAGGCGGAGAGGCUGAGGAAGCAGCACAAGAAGGACUACCCGGAGUACAAGUACCAGCCCCGGAGACGUAAAAACGGCAAACUGGCGACUGCUAGUGAGUCCGACAGCCAGGGGGAAGGGGAGGCCAGCCACUCCCAGUCCCACUACAAGACCCUACACCUGGAGCACAAUGGCGGGGCUGGGUCUCCCCUGGGAGACCUGCACCACCACCACCAUCACCACCACCAUCCUGCAGGUCAGGGUCACAGCCCACCCACGCCCCCCACCACCCCAAAGACAGAACUCCAGUCGGGGAAGCUGUCAGAUGCAAAGAGGGAGGGGGCAGCAGGAGCAGUCGGAGGGUCAGCUGGGCCCAGGGGAGGCCUCGGGGUGGGAGUUGAGGGGGCCUCUGGUGGCCCGUCCUCGUCGGGCGCCAAACCCCACAUCGACUUCGGCACAAUGGACAUCGGCGAGAUCAGCCACGAGGUGAUGUCCAACAUCGAGCCGUUCGACGUGAACGAGUUCGACCAGUACCUUCCUCCGAACGGCCACCCGCAGAGCGUAGGCGGGGGCCCCACGGCCGGCUCCUCGGCCUCCUCCUACGCCUACGCCCUAGCCGCCGCUAGUGGCCACUCGGCAUGGCUCUCCAAGCAGCAGCCGCCUCAGGCCUCCCCGGCUUCCUCCGACCCCUCCAAGGCGCAGAUCAAGAGCGAGUCUGCUGCCGGGGGCCACUACGCCGAGGCCUCGUCCUCGCCCUCCUCAGGCGCCCACGUCACCUACACCCCGCUCAGCCUCCCUCACUACGGCUCCGCAUUCCCCUCGCUGGCCUCCAGGGCUCAGUUUGAGUACGGAGAGCACCAGGCCCCCGGGGCGUACUACACCCACUCCGGCCAGGCCCCGGGGCUGUACUCAGCCUUCUCCUACAUGGGCCCUACACAGAGGCCUCUGUACACUACCAUAGGAGACCCCUCCAGCGUGGCCCCCUCUCAUAGCCCCACGCACUGGGAGCAGCCUGUUUACACCACCCUCACGAGACCUUGAGGGAGACCGGCCGAGCAGAGGGAAAUAUGGGAAGUGUGCGAGUGGAUCCGUGCGUCUGUGUGCAAAUAUGUGAGCGUGUGAUCGUGUGUGCGCGCCCGUGCCAUAUUGAUGUUACAUUAGAGGUUUUUAUUUUUUGUCUCCCCCCCCCCCCCCCCCCCCUCCGCUAAUAUAAUGCAAGAAGCAUCCACGGGGCCAAUUAGAAAUUUCAAAGAAGAAAAUAAAGAGCCACCGACUCAUACGAUAUAAAGUGUGAGUCAUGGGUCGACUGCCAAUCACAAAUGAAAAUAGGCCAUAACAAACGUGUGCCAACGUAAAUUUUAUAAGUUGGAAUGUACAGUCAUUUUGUAUACAAGACGAGUGCGACACUGGGCGGAUGUUGCAUUGAUGAGUGACUCUGAUUUGACCCAGAAACGACGGGUUUAGAUGGACAUAAUCAGAAUUUAUUAACCAAACUAAAGCAGAUGUUUUUUUCUAUGUUGAUGUUUUUGUGUUAUUUUAUAUGAGUAGUAAGUUUAUUGUCGUUGUUGAUAUUUUAGGGUGUAACGUUAUUGUGACUGAUUUGAUAAUUACACUAAUACAUCUUCACCACUGCUUUGGGAAAAGCAUGUUUUUGUUUUCAACAAGUUUCCCUGGAGUUUUGUUUUCUUCUUGUGGCCAGAAAAGGAUAGAUGCAACCUUUUUCUAUGUACAUAGCGCACUCUGUGUUUCUAUCCUUUUUAUUGCAUUGACUUCACUGAACUGAACAAUUAAGCAUUAAAGGGGAAAUAGGAAAAAGAGAGGGAAAGAGAUGUGUUUCUGCUUAACGCUCAGUCUUGGACACUUACCUCAACUCUGUUCAUUUUGUGCCAAUAGCAAAGGAGAUCUGCGACACUGGAUACCUGUGCUAAUAAUGCUGAGGGUGCUCAAGGUCUCAGAGCAGUGCUUCUUUUUGCUUUUCAAGUGCAACAUUUUUGCUGAUUUACAUCAGAUUUGUCCAAUAAUUGAGUUCAAAUCUAUAAGUGCAAAGUCUCGACCAAAUCUUUUCAGAUAAUUGGGCGGCUUUGGGUCCUACUUAAGGAUUAGAAUCACAUGUACGAGCGCUCUGCACUGCAUGUAGGCCAAAAGCAUGUUUUCGUCUUGACACUUUUUUUCUUUUCCCCAUUUUGAGCCCAAACAGCCUUGUUCCUCUUCAGCAAUGUGAACACUGGUCAUUACCACAGGCUUCCCCUCUGUACGUGACGCAUGGUUUUCAUCACUAUACUGACUGUCUCACCAUGUAGUCAUUCUUUUUCAUGUCAGUAAUAAUGUGUUGUGUUUCACCCCUUUGCUUCUUCCAUUUUCUAUAAUUCUGGGUAGUUUUGUAAAGUGUUUGCUAUACAUUCACGUGAGUAUUUUUGCUUCCAUACGAGAAAAGCAAUGUCGAGAUUUUAUUGCUGUCAUCUAUUAAAUCAAUUUAUUUAUAAAAAAAAUAA